AUGGACAAAAUAAAUGACUUGAGUGAUAGGGCUAGGGCGUACCCCUCAGGCGACGCGCAGGGGCAGCACCCGGCUCUUGUGGGAAGUGGACAAGGGUUGUCGCACCAGAACGGGCGGGUGCGACGUAAGAAGCGAGCCCAGAGUGUGAGAGAAGUAAGGUUGAGGUGUGCGAGCUGGAAUAUAGGAACGAUGACUGGAAGAGGAAAAGAGCUGGCAGAUGUGUUAAAAAGGCAAAGGAUAAAUGUAGCGUGUCUGCAAGAAACAAAAUGGCGGGGUGGUAGUGAUGGAAAGAGAAAUGGUGUGGGUGUAGUUUUAGACAACAGGUUGAAAGAAAGUGUGAUUGAUGUUAAAAGAGUGAAUGAUAGACUGAUAGCGGUUAAAGUGAUUGUGGACGACAUCAUCUUCAACAUAGUAAGUGUAUAUGCGCCACAAUCAGGCUGUGAAGAGAGUGUGAAGGAGAAGUUUUGGAACGACUUUGACUGUUUGAUGAUGAAUGUGCAGGAUAAUGAGGAAGUGUUUAUAGGUGGUGACUUUAAUGGACACGUAGGAAGAGAGAGUGAUGGAUAUGAGAGAGUGCAUGGUGGUUGGGGACUCGGAAACCGGAACGUUGACGGCGAGGCACUGUUACUAGCUGCCUGUGCCUUCGACCUGGCCAUAACUAAUACGUGGUUUAAGAAAAGAAAGGAACACCUUAUAACCUACAAGACAGGCCACCACGCGACACAGAUAGACUUCUUCUUGAUAAAGCGAAGGAGUCUAUGCUGUGUUAAAAGCUGCAAAGUGCUGCCAGCCGAAGCAUUAGUUACCCAACACAGACUGAUUGUUUUGGAGGUCAAAUUUAGUGUCUCGCCCAAAAUCAGGAAACACCGACGCCCCCCAAAGACACGAUGGCGUAUGUUACAGAAGGAAGAAUGUGCUACUAUGUUUAGGAAUCAAGUUGUGGAUAAGAUGACGGAAAUGAGUGACAUGGAAGGAAAAUCUGUGAAUGAAUGCUGGAAUGAGAUGGCGAAGUUUAUAAGAAAAAGCGCAAAAGACGUAUGUGGAGAGUCAAAAGGUAAAGGUUUGAUAGACAGGGAUACAUGGUGGUGGAAUGAAGAGGUACAAAACGUCCUUAAAGAAAAAAAGGUCGCGUUUAAAGAAUGGCAAGGGGUAGAAAUUAUGAAUGUAAGUUUGAAAGAUGAGAAAAAGGCACUUUACAAUGAAUGCAAGAAGAGAGCAAAGAAGGCGGUAGCAGUUACCAGAGCUAGGGCGCAGAAGAGGUUAUAUGAAACUCUAGAUAGCCCUAUUGGCCAAAAGGUACUCUACCGAAUUACAAAAGAGAGAGAAAGACGAGCAAGAUAUGUAAUACAUAUGAAAUGCAUGAAAGAUGAGUGUGGAGAUUUACUAUGUGAAGAUGACAAAAUUAAAGAGCGAUGGAAGGUGUAUUUUGAAAAACUUAUGAACGAAGAGAAUGACUGGAAUGGUAUACUUCAAGAGGCACAGGUUAAUAAUAGCUUGGAGGAAGUAAUGACAGCAGUUAAAGGGAUGAAAGAUGGUAAGGCUUUGGGACCGGAUGCAAUAACCAGGUGA